GUGAGGUGGAGGCAGUGCAGCGCGUGCCGAUGAGUGAGGAGGCCGUCAGUAGUGUUACAGGAGAAUGUCGGAGCUUCACUCCUCUGCUGCUGUCAGUCAGUGAUUGUACUGCUCACCUGCUGGAUCAGAUCUGAUCAGCUCACACAGGUGGUGGUUUUGUUCUCACAGGAAAAUGAUGAGGAGGAAUAAAGACGCCGAUCAUGUGGAGGCUGAAGUUCCUCCGGAGCAGAAUGGAGGGAUCCAGACCAUCUACAGCUCCGUCACUCCUGCUGAAGAUGAGGAACCCAUCGCUACUUACUUCGAUGAGAAGGUUCCUGUACCUGAUGAUGUCUCACAGAUGUUUAGUUUCCGUAAGCUGUGGGCCUUCACCGGGCCGGGCUUCCUCAUGAGCAUCGCUUACCUGGACCCUGGAAACAUCGAGUCGGACCUGCAGUCCGGAGCCGUGGCUGGAUUCAAGCUGCUGUGGGUGCUGUUAGCCGCCACCAUCAUCGGCUUGUUGCUGCAGCGGUUAGCGGCGCGGCUGGGCGUGGUGACGGGGAUGCACUUAGCUGAAGUCUGUCAUCGCCAAUAUCCAACCGUUCCCAGGGUCAUCCUGUGGUUGAUGGUGGAGUUGGCGAUUAUUGGAUCAGACAUGCAGGAAGUGAUCGGCUGUGCCAUCGCUCUCAACCUGCUCUCCGUCGGCAGAAUUCCUCUGUGGGCGGGGGUUCUCAUCACCAUCAUCGAUACCUUCGUCUUCCUCUUCCUGGAUAAAUACGGUUUGCGUAAACUGGAAGCGUUUUUUGGGGUCCUCAUCACCAUCAUGGCCUUCACCUUCGGCUACGAGUACGUGCGUGUGGCCCCGAAUCAGGGCGAGGUUCUGAAGGGGAUGUUUGUUCCGUACUGUGAGGGAUGUGGAGCUCCUCAGCUGGAGCAGGCGGUGGGGAUCGUUGGAGCGGUUAUAAUGCCUCAUAACAUCUACCUGCACUCCGCCCUCGUCAAGUCUCGUGAGGUGAAUCGAAACAAUAAGAAGGAGGUGAAGGAGGCGAAUAAAUACUUCUUCAUCGAGUCGACCAUCGCGCUCUUCAUCUCCUUCCUCAUCAACGUCUUCGUGGUGGCCGUGUUCGCUCAGGCCUUCUAUGGAAAAACCAACAUGGAAGUGAAUCAGCAGUGUAAUGAAACAGGAAGUCCUCACACUGAUCUCUUCCCUCUCAACAACAACACGCUGGAGGUCGACAUCUACAAAGGGGGCGUGGUCCUGGGCUGUUUUUUUGGACCUGCAGCUCUGUAUAUCUGGGCGGUUGGUAUCCUGGCAGCAGGACAGAGCUCCACCAUGACCGGGACGUACUCGGGACAGUUUGUGAUGGAGGGUUUCCUGAACCUGCGCUGGUCGAGGUUCGCGCGAGUCUUAUUAACUCGAUCCAUCGCCAUCGUUCCCACUCUGCUGGUGGCCGUCUUCCAGGACGUUCAUCACCUAACGGGCAUGAACGACUUCCUCAACGUCCUGCAGAGCAUGCAGUUGCCGUUUGCUCUGAUCCCGAUUUUAACCUUCACCAGCGCUUCCUCCAUCAUGAACGACUUUACCAACAACCUGUUUUGGAAGGUGGGAGGAGGACUGCUCAUCCUGCUGGUGUGUGUUAUUAACAUGUAUUAUGUGGUGGUGUACGUGAGGGCGCUAGCGAGCGUCGUCCUCUACGUCUUCUCCACUCUGCUCUCGCUGGCAUACCUGUGCUUCGUCUCGUACCUGGUGUGGCGGUGUCUGAUAGCACUCGGCCUGCGCUGUGCUGAUAGGUGUGGCAUGGGGCUGCAGAACGAUCUGGUUCUUCUCACUGAGCUGGAGAGAGACGUGGUGGAGACGCCUGACAGAUAACCAACCACAAACCAGCAGAGCUUCAUUAUUAUUAUUACUGAUUAUUACAUUUAAUCUUUUAUUUUAUUUAUUCAACAUCAGACUGAAUCAGACUGAAAAUUCCUCCUCAUGAAGCUGCUCACAAAGAUCACAAACAAGCACUAUUAAUAUAAUGACAAUGAUAACAGUGAUAACAAGAAUAAUAAUACUGAUCAUAAUAAUAAUAUAAUUAUAGGAUCAUACUAUAUAAUAGUUCUAACUAGAACAACAAUAAUAAAACAUAAUUAUACUAAUACUGAUAAUAAUAAUAAUAAAAAUAAUAUGAUCAUAAUGUAUAGCAGUAGUAGUAAAAAUAAUAACAAUAAUAAUACUAAUGUGAUAAUAAAUCUAAUGUGAUAUUAAUAAUAUAACUAAAUAUUCAAAAUAUAAAGUUGUAUAUAUAAUAUACAAUUCUAUUCAUUCUAUUCUAUAAAACAGUAAUACUUAUUUUGUAAUAAUAAUACAUAUUAGGUGUAAAAUAAAGGAUUAUAAUCAGAUUUGAUGUUGAUGAUAAACUGGGAGCUGAAAGUCACCUGAUCUGAUUAUUUCCCAUCUUGAUCAGAUGUAAUAAAUAAUAAACUUUCUCUGCCUGUUUCAGAGUGUUGAGAUGAUAUCAGCGCUUAUAGUCCAGCAGGUUGUGCUGUGUGUAGUUUAAUAGUUUCAUGGCACUUAUUACUUUAUCCUGGUCAGGGUUGCGGUGGGCCUGGUUUCACACUGGAACACUGGACGCAGAACAGGUGCAAUCCAUCCCAGAGCCUACCCCCAUUCUCAAUACACACUCUCUCUCUCUCUCUCUCUCUCUCACACACACACACACACACACACACACACGUAGCCCACCAUGUCUGUGUAGACGCCCGGCCGGCCAGUAGCACUGCUGAGAUUCAAACCCAGAUCUAGUGAAACAGACCACUGCUCCACUCGAGGGUCGUUAAUAUGAGCUUUGAGCUAAAAAAAACAUCUUUAAAGUACAAUCAAAAACAUUCAAAUGAGCUUUUUACAUUUUCCAAAACUCUCUUUUAUAAUUCCUGCUGAACUUUUUUAUCAUGAAAACGGCAAUGUUUUAUAUAAAAAACAAUAAAUGUUUCUAUUUUUUCUAUUUCUUUAGAUUUUUAUUAGUGAAAACAAGUUACUGAUGUGCAAAAGGUGCUAAUAUAUUUAAUCUGAUCC